AUGCAGACGGCCGGUCAAGUUCUUGCAAGUCCUUUGCCCCUCUUACGACAAGCCCGUGGCACGAGCCACCCGUCAGUCUCCACCGAGUGGCUACAUCAAAGGUUCAUCCACCAGUGGACUACAUUCGACCAGGAGAUACGAUCAGCCCUCGCAUCGCUGGACCUUAACUUCCAGAUUGCCCACAUCGACUCUCCUAGCGGCGAGGUAUACCUGGUCGGAAAUGAAAUCGGCUUAUCUGCCGGCAAUGGUGAUGGGAGAUAUUCAAGCCUUGAAACUCCAACAUCGGACGUUAUCCCAGAUGUAUCCAUAGGUGUGACUCUCAGCAACGACUCCCAAGCGCAGGUCAAGAUAGUCGGCGAACUCAAGACCUACUGGACUGUCGCGCUCGAUCGAUUUUCUCCGUCUGACCCCGUGAUUCUUCCGCAAAUUUUACCCCAUCUUGGUCAACUCGUGGCGCAGAUGAGGAAAUUCGGGUUGCGCUACGGCUUUCUAUCGACAUACCGGGGGACAGUAUUCGUCAAGCGGACAGCUGACUUCGCCUUCUGUGUCUCCCCACCGAUUCGAGACCGGGAUACGAAUUUGUCUGUUCGGCAGUGUUUUGCGGGGUUCUGUAUCCUUGCUGAACAGGGCCAUGACUACAUCGAGGGUUCAGACUUCAGGGCAGAGCGACUUCGGGGUCAAGAUGAUCUUCAGGCUUCUCUCCGCCCUUCUGGGCUCAGAGACCAUGCCAUUGAGGGCAGUCUAGUGACCGGACUGAACGGGAACGUUACCCCGAAUACAAUCAUUCUCGGCCACCAGGGAAGAGCGAUUUCGAUCUUAAACGUGUCCCGGAGAAUUUCACCCCCUAGCCACACAGACAAGGCUCUCUUCGAGAUUGAACACCAAGGAACACGCCAUAUCGUGAAGUGCUGGAGUCCCAGACAAGAUCGGGCGUCUAAUGCGGAAUGUGCUGUCUAUGAGCGUCUGUCAGACUCACGACCUAGUGGUUACGAUGUCUUCGCGAACAUGAUACUUGCUGGGAACAUAAUGUGCUCGAGUUUAUUCCCUAACGGAAGGGCGCUUGUCCUCCCCUACAAGGAUGGACAGAUCCUCGCCCAUGUCUGGGACGAACUUAGCAACCGCGAGCGAACCCACGUCCGUGAGGAAUGUGAAAAGGCCAUCCGCAUUCUUCGGUCUCUGUCAAUCUACGUGCCCGAUGCUGGAAAACACAACGUUUUAUAUCAAAGGGAGACAGGAGCCGUGACCAUGUUGGACUUCGAAACUGCUAUGGAAUGUCUCCAGUCAGAACAUGUGCCUUAUGUCGAGCUGCUGUCGCUGUUUGGGAACCCUACGAUGAUGCAUGGACACACGACUAGUGGGUAG